GCCCCUUAGAUCGCCUAGCUAAGCUGUCCCCACGUAUUACAUCCCCUAUCACAGCAGCAAUGGCCACAGUUCAAGUUGUUAAAACCAACACGCGUGCCGAACCUUACGCCAGCCUUCCACCGAUUCUCUCUACCUUGGCUGCAGCGAAAGCUGCCAAGGGACUGACGUACGACGCCAUUGGAAAGGCUAUGGAGCGUGACGAAGUUUGGGUUGCCGCAGCUUUGCUCGGACAGGCCAAGAUGACUCCUGAGGACCUGGACAACAUUUCUCAGGUUCUCGAGGUGCCGACUGAGGCCUUGUUAGCUGAGCUUGGACCACAUUGGUAUCCUCAGCGCGGGAUUGGUCCGGCUGUUCCCACAGACCCUGUUAUCUACCGUCUGUACGAGGGUGUACUCGUGUACGGUCAGGCGAUCAAAGCUAUCAUUCACGAGAAGUUUGGGGACGGUAUCAUGUCCAUGAUCGACUGCACGGUAAACGUUGACAAGGUGACCGUAGACAACGCAGAACGAGUUAGACUCACCUUUGAUGGCAAGUUCUUGCCAUACAAACGCUGGUAAUCAUCCAUCAAAUUCACAAUGAAUUGAAAACAUGUAACUUGUAAUAUAAUUGUACCACCUUUGUCGACUGCUCACCAUCAUUUCGUAUUCGAGAAAUUUGAAGAUUGAAGAUACCAUUUAAGCACCGCAAUAUGCACUACACAAGCCUACACC